CGCCCGGGCCGGGGCAUGGAGGCGGCCCACAGCCUCCCGGUGCUCGACGUGCUCCGCCGCUUCGGGGUCAGCGAGAGCUGCGGGCUCAGCCCCGAGCAGGUCCGCCGCCACCGCGAGAAGUACGGCCCCAAUGAGCUCCCUGCAGAAGAAGGAAAGUCCCUCUGGGAGUUGGUGCUGGAGCAGUUCGAAGAUCUCCUCGUCCGCAUCCUUUUGAUGGCAGCUUUUCUGUCCUUUAUCCUGGCCUGGUUUGAAGAAGGAGAGGAGACCACGACGGCGUUUGUGGAGCCCAUUGUCAUCAUUAUGAUCCUGAUCGCCAACGCCGUGGUGGGCGUGUGGCAGGAGAGAAACGCCGAGAGUGCCAUCGAGGCCUUGAAGGAGUACGAGCCCGAGAUGGGGAAGGUGAUCCGGGCCGACCGCAGCGGGGUGCAGCGGAUCCGCGCCCGGGACAUUGUCCCCGGGGACAUCGUGGAGGUGGCAGUUGGUGACAAGGUGCCAGCAGACAUCCGGGUCAUCGAAAUCCGUUCCACCACCCUGCGGGUUGACCAGUCCAUCCUCACAGGGGAGUCUGUGUCGGUGAUCAAACACGCUGACCCCAUCCCAGACCCCCGGGCUGUCAACCAGGACAAGAAGAACAUGCUUUUCUCUGGCACCAACAUCGCAGCUGGGAAGGCCGUGGGGGUCGUCAUUGCAACAGGGGUGUACACCGAGAUCGGGAAGAUCCGAAACCAGAUGGUGGAGACCGAGCCCGAGAAGACACCCUUGCAGCAGAAGCUGGACGAGUUCAGCCAGCAGCUCUCCAAGGUGAUCUUCCUGGUGUGCAUCGCCGUCUGGGUCAUCAACAUCAGCCACUUCAGCGACCCCGUCCACGGCGGCUCCUGGUUUCGGGGGGCCAUCUACUACUUCAAGAUUUCGGUGGCGCUGGCGGUGGCCGCCAUUCCUGAGGGCCUCCCGGCCGUCAUCACCACCUGCCUGGCACUGGGCACGCGCCGCAUGGCCAAGAAAAACGCCAUCGUCCGGAGCCUGCCCUCGGUGGAGACCCUGGGCUGCACCUCCGUCAUCUGCUCCGACAAGACCGGCACCCUCACCACCAACCAGAUGUCCGUCUGCCGGAUGUUCAUCAUGGAGAAGGUGGAGGGCAACCAGUGCAGCCUGCACGAGUUCAGCAUCACCGGCUCCACCUACGCCCCCGAGGGACAGAUCCUGAAGGAUGAGCAGCCAGUGCAGUGCGGGCAGUACGACGGGCUGGUGGAGCUGGCCACCAUCUGUGCCCUCUGCAACGACUCCUCGCUGGACUACAAUGAGUCCAAAAAGGUCUAUGAGAAGGUGGGGGAAGCCACUGAAACAGCCCUGACAUGCCUGGUGGAGAAGAUGAACGUCUUCAACACAGACCUCAGCAAACUCUCCAAGGUGGAGAGAGCCAACGCCUGCAAUUCGGUGAUCAAGCAGCUGAUGAGGAAGGAGUGCACCCUCGAGUUUUCCCGUGACCGCAAGUCCAUGUCUGUGUACUGCACACCCACCGGCCCUGGCAACAACUCCACUGGCAGCAAGAUGUUUGUCAAGGGUGCCCCGGAAAGCGUGAUCGAGCGCUGCACCCACGUCCGUGUGGGCACUGCCAAGGUCCCGCUGACGGCCCCCGUGCGGGAGAAGAUCCUGGGCAGGAUCCGGGACUGGGGCAUGGGCAUCGACACGCUGCGGUGCCUGGCCCUGGCCACGCACGACUCGCCCGCCCGCAGGGAGACCAUGCAGCUGCACGACUCCGCCGCCUUCAUCAACUACGAGAACAACCUGACCUUCGUGGGCUGCGUGGGGAUGCUGGACCCUCCCCGCAAGGAGGUCACCUCAUCCAUUGAGAUGUGCCGCAAGGCCGGCAUCCGCGUCAUCAUGAUCACCGGCGACAACAAGGGCACGGCCGUGGCCAUCUGCCGCCGGAUCGGCAUCUUCUCGGAGACCGAGGAUGUGUCUGGCAAAGCCUACACGGGCCGGGAGUUCGACGAGCUGUCCCCCGAGGCGCAGCGCCAGGCGUGCCGCCACGCCCGCUGCUUCGCCCGUGUGGAGCCCGCGCACAAGUCCCGCAUCGUCGAGUACCUCCAGUCCUUCAACGAGAUCACCGCCAUGACAGGUGACGGGGUGAACGACGCCCCGGCCCUGAAGAAAGCAGAGAUUGGCAUCGCCAUGGGGUCAGGCACAGCCGUGGCCAAGUCGGCUGCUGAGAUGGUGCUCUCCGACGACAACUUCUCCACCAUCGUGUCGGCUGUCGAGGAGGGCAGAGCCAUCUACAACAACAUGAAGCAGUUCAUCCGCUAUCUCAUCUCCUCCAACGUCGGGGAGGUCGUUUGCAUCUUCCUGACGGCCAUCCUGGGCUUGCCCGAGGCCCUCAUCCCUGUGCAGCUGCUGUGGGUGAACCUGGUGACGGACGGGCUGCCGGCCACCGCGCUGGGCUUCAACCCCCCCGACCUGGACAUCAUGGAGAAGCAGCCCCGCAACCCCAAGGAGCCCCUCAUCAGUGGCUGGCUCUUCUUCCGCUACCUGGCCGUCGGAGUGUACGUGGGCCUGGCCACGGUGGGAGCAGCGACCUGGUGGUUCCUGUAUGACGCCGAGGGACCACAGGUCUCCUUCCAUCAGCUGAGGAACUUCAUGAGGUGCACUGAGGACAACCCCAUCUUUGAAGGAAUUGACUGUGAGAUCUUCGAGUCCCGAUACCCAACCACGAUGGCUCUGUCCGUGCUGGUGACAAUCGAAAUGUGCAACGCUCUGAACAGUGUCUCUGAGAACCAGUCGCUGCUGCGGAUGCCACCGUGGCUCAACAUCUGGCUGCUGGGGGCCAUCAUCAUGUCCAUGGCUCUGCACUUCCUCAUCCUCUACGUUAAGCCCAUGCCUCUCAUCUUCCAGGUGACCCCCCUGAGCUGGCCGCAGUGGGUGGUCGUGCUGAAGAUCUCCCUGCCCGUGAUCCUGCUGGACGAAGGACUCAAGUACCUUUCCCGCAACCACCUGGACGGCAUUCUCAGGACAGUAAGACCCGAGUGGAGCGGGGAGCACCAGUUGAAAACCUGCAAGACUCCAGAGCAAGGGAGAAGAGGACAAGAAAUGAAUGACACGAAGGCAACACUCUGAACUAAAGGAUCCUUAACUUGUAACUCGGACUGAAGUCUUGCAUGUGUGACCAUCACUAGAAGCCAGCAGGACAUGCAUGUGUCCGACUAUCAGACAAAUGCGGGUGAAUCGUCGAAAAGAAAAAUACUGAUUUUGUUUUGUUUCGUAGCUUUCUUUUUCCUGUACAUACGAGUGCAAUUACUGGACAGCUGGCGUUGGGUUUGGGGAUGGAGCUGUGUGGACCUGGGUCGUUGCAACGCGGUUCCUUGGGGAUUUGUUCCUGCCAAAUUUGAGAUCCUCUUUCCAAUUUUCACCCUCGCCGGGUGAGCUCAGGCAGGGCAUCCUCCACGAAGGGGGGCAGUCGGGAUUUUGGGUGACACGCCGAGCGCAGAUGGGAGGCUGCAUCCCCCAAGGGGAUGGGGUGAAUGAGGGCAGCUUCUGGGGCCAGGAAGGGCUUGGCAGUGGGUGAGGGCGGGGAGAGGGGUGAGGGGGCCGUGUGUUGGGGUCUCUGACCCUUGAUGAUUUCAUCACUGCUGCUCUGCUGGCCGCUCCGGUGGCCACAGCAUCUGGGAAUACCUUCAGAGCGUGUCCGACGGCGGUGUGGAUCUCACAGAUGUGUGUUUGUACAUUGAGAUCAGGUGCCUGUGGUGGAAGGCAAAGUUCUCCCUAUUUAUCGUGCUGUCCCGUUUGAUCCCUGCGUUGUGGAAAGCCCAGCACCUUCUCAGGCUCAUCCAACACCAAAGCAUGACGUAGCCUUGUCUGUCCUUCUCCAUCCCACAUCUUACAUCCCAUCUGCACUAUAUGAACCACCCUCCUCCUCGUAGGGGCAGCCAUGUAAAGCAAAGCAUGGGGACACCCACCUUUGCAUUCCUCAUGUCCACCACUCCCUCCUGGUCACACUUUCAUCCCUCAGUGUAUUUUUAACUACUUCCCUAGCAGGAGUAGAGCUUAAGUCUUUAGGAGCGUGUCCAUGACUUUGUGUCCUCUGCUUUGGAGAACAUCACUGUCUUGCACAGGGCAUCCUUGCCAAGGGAUCAAGAUGGGAAUGAAUGUAUGCUUGUACAUAACCUGGUCUUUCUCCAUGGGUGGUGUUUGUUGUGGCAUCCCUUUUUAUAAGGCACCAAGUUUAUUUUGCCCUCUUGGGAUUUUUCCACAGCAGGAGCGAGGCAGGCUGCAGUGAGGGUUGGUAGAUCCUGAGUGGAUUUGGGAUCCAUUAAAUUGAUCUGUCUCCAUCAAACCACAUCAGCUGAGAAGCUGAGAGUGGGUGGUUUCUUCUCCAGCUCUCCAAAUCCUCCCUCCUGUUUUCCUCAUGGUCCCCUAUGAUCCAUCCUGAUAAUAUUUAACUAGCCAGAGCCUGUAUCUUUCCUUUCUCUUACAUUCCAGCAACAGCACUAGAGCCAGGGUUUGGGGUAGCAUUUUGCUCCUUCACUGUUGGGUUUUUUCUUCUACUUUUUGCCUCUUAAAAGCUUCCAGUGCUUUUCUGCUUCACCUGGGCAAGAGCUACUCUUCUUCUGUACAGUAGGUGCCAAAUAUCAUCCUUCCUUUCUUUUCUCCAUCACCAGCAUUGAAGACGAGCAGAGCCCCCAGACCAAUGGGAAUGUACAGAAUUGUUAUACUACUGAGCUGAUUUAUUGUACAGAAAACCUUGCAUGAAAUGUUGUUACUGUAUUUAAUAUAUAAUGUAUUCAAGGAAUUUUAAUAUGGAGCUCUUUAAAAAGAUCUUUAUAGAUACUCUGUGGUUAGAAGAUUGUUGCUGAUUUUUUUUUUUAAAUCUUAUUAUACUUUGUCUUGAAGAAGUUUUAUUUUUCAAAUGUGUUCUGUCUAAUUGAUUUAAUUAGUUGAUCCCAUGGGACAACCAAUUCCUCUUCAAAGAUUUUCACCGUGGAUGAGGUUCACCCUGGUGCAGAGGACCAGGGUAUGACCCAGGUACUGCUCAAGCCUUCAAGAUAAGGCUUCAGUAAGACUAAUGCUGUAGACGUGUGAUUUGCCUUUCCCCAAAAGGGUGGAUUUCACCUUAUUUUAGUACACAAUGGAAUUGUGUAGGUUGGAAAAGACGUCCCAGAUGUUUGAGUCCAGUUCCAUCUCUCCGUGCAGAAAAAUAACCAGUGGGAAUUUAAUCCAGUACCAGCUCGAGGACAUCAGAGGAAACAGCUUCUGUGUUUCCCUGAGGCUGAAAACCAGUUUGGGAGAGUCUGGUCUGGAUUCAGAGGCCAGACUGGAUUCAGAGCAUCCCAGUCGUAUUGGGAGGGUCCAGCAAAGCUUUCAGCUGCCACGUGGCAUCUCCCUGGGACAUUGUGCCUGCAGGAACCUGCUUGGCCCAUCCAUUGCACUUCCUGAGUUAACAGUGUUUUCCCUGGACUUGAGGUGCGCUGGGGGAUUAUUAAUUUUACCCAAAUUUGUGUAUGUGUGUGUGUGGAGGAGUUGCUGGUGUAAAAGCCUGGGCAGGGUCAGUCUGUUCAUGCAGUCGUUGGGUCGCAAUUGUGAGUCGCAAACCCUGAGCCUUUGUGGGCAACAAACCAGAGCUGGGUCCCAGCCAAAGGCUUGUUCUUUCCAGCAGCAACAAAUUCAGUUUGGUUUCUAUUGUGAGCCUUCAGAUCUACCUAGAAAAUAGCACAGGUAACCUCCCCUUGCUAGGAGGGAAUGUUUUGUCAUAUCAUUUCCCCUUCUGAAUGCUUGAGCACAUCUCUCUUCCCCCCAUCCUUCAAUUACUUGGAAUACAGGUUUCACUCCAUUCUCUUUGAUUACAGAGGCUUAUACUUCAAAUAUCUUAAUGAUGUAGAAAAAUAUCCAGAGAUGUAAUUAUUUUUUCUUUUAUUCUUCAGUGAAGGGUCAGGAUAAAUCACAGAGUAGUUAUUUAUUGCAUGUGUGCCACCAGCAGCCCGCUGGGCUGGAGCAUGUUCUUGUGGAAACAUGGAGAUCCUAAAGCCAAGACCAUCACUUUGGGAUCAGGUCUUGGGUCUUACCGAGGCAUCUGAACGUGCAAUACAAGGGAGAUGGGCCCUGGGUGGCUGCUUUGCCCAGGAGUUUGUUAAAAAAAGCAGCUUGGGGGCAAACCUCUGUGCUCCUUGCUUUUUUUGGCAACAGAGUUUAGGAAUUAUUUCCUUUUUCGUUUUAUUUUGAUGGUGCUGCCUGGCAUAUUUGAAGGCUUUAAAUAAAAUAUUAGGUCUUUCCAGCAAGACCUUUAACAUCGGUGGGCUGCUGUGGCAGAUCGUCCACGAGGUGCAGGGCAUAGGAUGUGCUGGGAUGGCAGCAUGGGAUUAUCCAUGAGCACUUUAUACUCCUUCCUCAGGGGCCAAGCACCGUGCUGGGGUACAGCCAAGGUGGGAGGGGAGGGUCCCGUGUCCCCAGGGCAAACACCCGGUGGAUCAGCUUUGGGCAGCAGCUGUGGAAAGUCUUUUGUACUGUUUUGGGAUGUUGUGUCAUUGUGGGAAGUUGCUGGGUGAGCUCUUCCCCCUGUGGUGUGUGAUCCCAUGGGGAGGCAGGUUGGAAAAGGAAAAAGGGCAAAGCAUUGCAUCCUGUGUUUUAUUUGUGUCGUGUGGCCGCUGUAGGGCUCAGGGUGUGGAUGAGUUUUGGGAUUUGUGUGUUUGAAGCUUUGGCAUUGGGAAGAUGCCGUGUGUGUGUGUUUCUGAUGCCAAGGCUGGAUGGUACCACCAGGCUCUGGAGAGGUCAGUUGGAGGGACAGGCUCUACUGGAGGGGACUUUGUUCCUGUAAAAACAUCAAACCUGGGAUGGAAUCGGAGUUUCUGCUCACGGUGUGGAUGGCAGAAGUAGCUAGAGGAGCAACAGGAAAACUCAGCAUUAAUUUUUGUUUCUUCUUUUGUACAUCAGGUUGAUAGUGCUGCUCCCCAGACAGGGUCCUGCUCCACCAAAUCUCCUCAAAUAAUUGCUGUGCAGGGGCUCAGGCUGAGAGAUGUUUGUGAGAUUGUGACCUUGGCAUCACAUCACUCCUGAACUUCAAACACACCAGAGUCCCCAAUACCAACUCCUAAGAUUUAUUGUGAUUUUUGGACCAUACCUGCCAUGGCCACCUUCUAUAAAUGAUGCCAGAGAUUCAGGAUCACCUGAGUUGGUUUUUUCCCCCACUUCUGCAGUGGCAUUUUCUGUCAGGGGAGACAGUGUGGACUCAGGUUUUUGGUACCAAGGAGAAGGUUUCACCCUGUGCAGAGCUUGCAUGGCAAGGUUAGGGUUAGGGUUUGCAGGGCUGCAGUGAGGAAAGGCAAACACAGAGUGAAUUGUGCUCCCUGGACCUUUCCUCGUGGUGCCAUUCAGCUUUUGGUGUGGGUGGGGCAUUAAAUGAGCCAAAAUCUGUGUGUGCCUGGAGUGAUGGGGCCGUGGGUACCUCAGGGGGUGUCUGAACUGGGUCAAUCCAGGCACUUGGGACCAAGAGGAGGGUGACUACUGAGCUGCCAGGGGGUGCUCUCAGUGGCUUGGGUCUGGGACUAUGUUGAUUUUUUUUUAUAUGAGAUGCCUGAACAGCCAAAUCUAGAAAUCUCUGAGUUUGUGCUCUGUAGCAAAAGAUAAAUCAUUAUAUCUUGGGGAGGGUGGGAGGGUGUUAACUGAGGGACAGAACUGAAAGAAAUGAGGUUUCCUAUUUUAUUAUAUGAGAGAUAUUUUUCCACUAAAUUACCGCUUCCUAAAUCGUGUCCUUUGUCUGACUGUAAAUAUCCAGGUGUGCCGGGAAGACGUGGGAAGGCUCCUCGUGGUCACAUCCAUACAAUGCACUCUGUUCACACAAUAUUGGGCUGAUUUGUUUUAUACUUAGAAAAUUACAGAAAUAAAAGCGAUUUUACUGGAUGA